AUUCCAACCAACACCAAUGUGAGUGGAUUUUUCACUGUUGAAGAGGCGCUAAGGGGAGGCGCCUGUGUUCGACUGUCAAUAUGGAUCUCGCGCCAGGCCCAGAUACGUCGGAUACUCUCAACAAGACCUCAGUCGUGGAGUUGAAUGUGGUGGAGACGGGGGAUGCGAAGAUCGAGGAUGAUGCUCUGUCGCGACCCGCGAUAGAGAAGUCAAAAUCCCCUACAUCUGAUGCGAGGGACGCUAGUGAUGAAUCUGGCGAAGAAUGGGAGACGGACUCAUUGUAUGAAGAAGCACUUCAUUUUGUUCGAGAUGAUCAACUCUCAUCUGUCCCAGAUGCAUGCACACCACAAGAAGCAGCCGCCUAUCGCAAGCUCCUACGCGAAAUCGGAAAGGUUGCUUUUGUCGAGGAGACGAUUGGAAAGGGUACAAUAACAGCAAAGAAACUCCUGACUGCUUUUGGUGUCGUUCCUCCAUCUUUCCUUGAAGAUGCCCCUGACGAGGCCUACCACCCAUUACUGGGCAUUGUCAUUUCCCGAGAAUUCGCGAAGCGGCAAAAGUUAAACGAGUACAAUUCUAUCGAGGAUGCGGUUAACCUGUUGAAGAAGUCGAAGAACGUUAUUGUCAUUACUGGCGCCGGGAUCUCUACUAGCCUGGGAAUUCCAGACUUCCGUUCCAAAGACACCGGUCUUUAUUCGCGACUGGAACAUCUCGGACUCAAUGAUCCACAGGAGGUAUUUGAUAUUUCGCUUUUCCACGAGGAUCCAAGCAUCUUCUUUUCGGUCGCAAAGGACAUCCUUCCUACUGAGAAGCAUUUCUCUCCUACCCACGCUUUCAUCAAGCUGUUGCAGGACAAGGGCAAAUUAUUGACGAACUAUACACAAAAUAUCGACAAUAUUGAGGCCAAUGCGGGAGUUAAACCCGAGAAGAUUGUGCAAUGUCACGGGUCUUUUGCAACAGCAACAUGUACCAAAUGUGGUUUUAAAGUGCCAGGAGAUGCAAUCUUCGACACUAUUAAAUCGGGUAAGAUUCCUCUCUGCAAGCGCUGCAAAGAACAGAUUGCUUUGCAACCGCAAGCCUUGAAGCGGAAGCGUAGCUCGAACGGUCUUCAAAAUAAUCGCAAGAAGGGCUCUUCUCACGAGGACUCCGAUGAGGAAGACUAUGACAUUCCUACCCCUGGUGUUAUGAAGCCCGAUAUUACCUUCUUUGGAGAAGACCUUCCUGAUGAGUUUGGAAGGCGACUAGUCGAGGAAGAUCGCGAGGUGGCCGACUUGGUUAUAGUGAUUGGGACAUCCAUGAAAGUAGCGCCAGUGGCUGAUGUUCCCAGCAUUAUACCGAGCACAGUACCUCAGAUCUACAUAUCACGCACACCUGUAUCACAUAUCGGCUUCGAUAUCGAUCUGUUAGGAGAUUGUGAUGUAGUUGUAGCGGAGCUUUGUCGACGAGCUGGGUGGGAGUUGGAACACAGUAUGAUACCCGAUGAUCAGAAGGUUGAAGUCGCGCAAGAAGAGGGUUAUUUGUCAAGGCAUACAUUCAGCGUUGUAUAGCGUGUCAUAGGCUUUUCACGACUCUUGUUUUGUGGGCAUUCAUCCUUUGGGAACGGCGUUACUGAUUUUCUGUGGUUGAAUAGUCAUGUUCGACUAAUGCUAGGAGGCCGAUGGAAUGGCAUGGCUACUGCACGAAUUUAGUGAUCUAGAGUAAUGAUGAUAGGCAAUUUGUCCACAUGUGCAGAG